AACCGGAUGUCACAGGAGGGGCCCAGGUGGCCUAGGAGAAGCUUCGGGAGCCCGACUGCAGCCUGGUCAGGCACAAAAUCUUUCUCACCACUAAGAAAGAUGGGGUGGGAUGCUAUGGAAUAUGACGAGAAGCUGGCCCGGUUCCGGCAGGCCCACCUCAACCCCUUCAACAAGGAGACUGGGCCACGGCAGCAUGAGCAGAAGCCCAGCAAGGAGGCCCCAGAAGUCACUUCUGAAGAGGCCCUGCCCGAGCUGCUGCCUGGAGAGCCGGAGUUCUGCUGCACUGAGCGAGUGAUGGAUCUUGGCUUAUCUGAGGACCACUUCUCCCGCCCUGUGGGUCUUUUCCUGGCCUCAGAUAUUCAGCAGCUGCGGCAGGCCAUCGAGGAGUGCAAGCAGGCGAUCCUGGAGCUGCCCGAGCAGUCAGAGAAGCAGAAGGACGCUGUUGUGAGGCUGAUCCACCUCCGGCUGAAGCUCCAGGAGCUGAAGGACCCCAGUGAGGACGAACCCAACAUCCGAGUCCUCCUGGAGCACCGUUUCUACAAGGAGAAGAGCAAAAGUGUCAAGCAGACCUGUGACAAGUGCAACACCAUCAUCUGGGGGCUCAUUCAGACCUGGUACACCUGCACAGGAUGUUAUUACCGAUGUCACAGCAAGUGUUUGAACCUCAUCUCCAAGCCCUGCGUGCGCUCCAAAGUCAGCCACCAAGCCGAGUAUGAGCUGAACAUCUGCCCGGAGACAGGGCUGGACAGCCAAGAUUACCGCUGCGCAGAGUGCCGGGCACCCAUCUCCUUGCGGGGCGUGCCCAGUGAGGCCCGGCAGUGUGACUAUACGGGCCAGUACUACUGCACCCAUUGCCACUGGAAUGACCUGGCGGUCAUCCCUGCACGAGUCGUGCACAACUGGGACUUCGAGCCGCGCAAGGUGUCCCGCUGCAGUAUGCGGUACCUGGCUCUCAUGGUGUCUCGGCCAGUGCUCAGGCUCCGAGAGAUCAACCCUCUGCUGUUCAACUAUGUGGAGGAGCUGGUGGAGAUCCGGAAGCUGCGCCAGGACAUCCUGCUCAUGAAGCCCUACUUCAUUACCUGCAGGGAAGCGAUGGAGGCCCGUCUGCUCCUGCAGCUCCAGGACCGGCAGCAUUUCGUGGAGAACGAUGAGAUGUACUCCGUGCAGGACCUGCUGGACGCGCACACGGGUCGCCUGAGCUGCUCCCUCACUGAGACACACACGCUCUUCGCCAAGCACAUUAAGCUGGACUGUGAGCGGUGUCAGGCCAAGGGCUUCGUGUGUGAGCUCUGCAGAGAGGGUGACGUUCUCUUCCCCUUCGACAGCCACACGUCCGUGUGCACCGACUGCUCUGCCGUCUUCCACAGGGACUGCUACUAUGACAACUCCACCACGUGCCCCAAAUGUGCUCGGCUCACCCUGCGCAAGCAGUCGCUCUUCCAGGAGCCUGGUCCGGACGUGGAUGCGUAGAGCAGCAGGCGCCCCCCCAGGCCUUUCUGGCAUUCAACCUGCCAGUGAUUGCCAAAGUCAAGGUGUUUCUUGUGUUCUGGAGACCCCUAGGGCCCAGCCGCAGACCUCUCUCCAGUGCUGGGCCAACGGGUUGUGAGGAUCAUCAUGCUUGUCCCAGGCACUUGCUGGGACUGGGGGCAGCCUCGUGGGGCUCUUUCCUGGGUGUGCUGCUGGGAAAGCAUGGGGUCCAUGAACAGGGAAGUGGGGAGAGGCUUCUUACCGCCCCCUGUGGCAACGAGCCUUGAGGAGGCCCUUGGGGUCAAGGCUGCUGGGCUUUGGCCACCCUGAGAACCCCUAGAGGGCUUUGGGGGAGUGGCCGAUAAGCCCCGGGAAUGCUGGUUGCAGACACCCAGGUGUGGCCUGAGUUUCCUCUGCAAUGGAUGGUUUGGAUCUACCUGGAGGCCCCCAUCCUCUUCACCCCUUGUGUGGGGACUUGUAGGUGGCCCUAACUGGGGUGGUUCAUGACUGUCUCCUGAGAGCCCUGCUCCUGCCUCUCAAGGUUCUCUCUCUCUGGGUUCUCCUCCGACAGGGCCCAUCCAGGGGGUUCCCACCUCCGUACAACAUGGAGGGACGGGGGCUGUGAGGUUCUUCCCCCUGGGUGGACCAGCCCCCGCUCCUCCCUUUGUGCUUAUUGUGGUGCUGGGGGGCUGGGGGUCCGGUGGAAGAGGCUGUCCUCCUUCCCAGCUGGCAGCAGGGACUGUGCCCCGGGGGGAAGGUCUAGGUUAGGCAACAGGGUUGGCUGCAGUCAGAUCUUUGCCAGAGGGGCUCCCUGUGCCAUCUGAGGGCUCUGGACAGCUUACAGACCAC